UGUCAUAAGUUUUCUCCUUGUUAUAUAGUUACAUACUGAAGACUCUCACAUCACAUACCACAAAAACUUAAACUCAUAUUCUGCAUUCUCAAACUCUUUUUUCAUCCAGUUUCUCUCGAUUUUCAUGGCUAUGCAAUCACCUUCCUCAUCCUCUUCAUUUUCCUAUCGAUUCACUUACCAAGUGUUCCUCAGCUUCAGGGGCAGUGACACUCGUGACGGUUUUACUGGCCAUCUCUACAGAGCUCUUACUGACAAGGGAAUCCACACCUUCAUUGAUGACCGUGACCUGCAAAGAGGGGAUGAAAUCAAACCAUCACUCGACAAUGCCAUUGAAGAGUCUAGGAUCUUCAUUCCUGUGUUUUCUAUCAACUAUGCCUCUUCUUCAUUUUGUUUGGACGAACUUGUCCACAUCAUGCACUGCUACAAGACAAAGGGUCGUCUUGUUUUGCCUGUUUUCUAUGGCGUGGAUCCUAGUCACAUACGACAUCAAAGUGGGAGUUAUGGUGAACAUCUCACUAAGCACAAAAAGAGUUUCCAAAAUAACAAGAAAAACAUGGAGCGGUUGCAUCAAUGGAAGUUGGCUCUGACCGAAGCUGCUAACUUGUCCGGCUACCAUUUUAGUCAUGGAUAUGAAUACAAGUUUAUUGAAAAGAUAGUCAAAUAUGUCUCCAACAAGAUCAGUCGUCAGCCCUUACAUGUUGCCACUUACCCUGUUGGGUUGCAGUCUCGAGUACAACAAGUGAAAUCGCUUCUUGAUAAAGGAUCUGAUGGUGGAGUCCGCAUGAUAGGACUUUAUGGUAUUGGAGGCAUGGGAAAAUCAACACUUGCGAAAGCAAUUUAUAAUUUUAUUGCUGAUCAAUUUGAAUGCUCAUGUUUUCUUGAAAAUGUGAGAGAGAAUUCAGCUUCAAAUCAAUUGAAACAUCUCCAGGAGGAACUCCUUUUAAAAACACUAGCACUGAAAAUUAAGUUAGGAGGUGUUAGUGAGGGAAUUCCCUAUAUAAAGGAAAGGCUACAUACAAAGAAGAUUCUUUUGAUUCUCGAUGAUGUUGACAAUUUGGAACAACUGCAUGCUUUGGCUGGAGGACGUGAUUGGUUCGGCUGUGGAAGCAGAGUUAUCAUUACCACUCGUAACAAACACUUACUAACCAAUCAUGAGAUAGAAAUUAUCCAUGAAGUAAAAGGGAUGUCUACGGAAAAUGCUCUUGAAUUGUUGAGGUGGAUGGCUUUUAAAAAUUACAAAGUUCCUUCAAGUUAUGAAGAGAUUUUUAACCAUGCAGUUGUGUAUGCUUCUGGCCUUCCAUUAGCUCUAGAAGUAGUGGGUUCCAACUUGUUUGGAAAGAGUUUUGCAGAAUGUGAGUCUACAUUAGAUAAGUAUGAAAGAAUUCCACAUGAAGAUAUCCAAAAGAUACUUAAAGUAAGCUUUGAUGCUUUGGACGAAGAACAACAAAGUGUCUUUUUGGAUAUUGCUUGUUUCUUCAAAGGAUGUAGAUUGGCAGAAGUCGAAGAGAUACUUCAACAACAUUAUGGUUAUUGCAUAAAGAGCCACAUUGGAGAGCUGGUUGAUAUGUCUCUCAUAAAAAUUAGUGGGUGGAACUUGAAUGAUGUGACAUUACAUGACUUGCUAGAGGUCAUGGGUAAAGAAAUCGUCCGGAAAGAAUCACCCAAAGAGCCUGAAAAGCGUAGUCGGUUGUGGUGUCGCGAUGACAUAAUUCAUAUUUUACAGGAAAACAAAGGAACAAGUAAAAUUGAGAUGAUAUAUCUGAAUUCUCCCUCAAUGGAUCUGGUAAUAGACUGGAAUGGAAAGGCCUUCAAGAAGAUGACAAAUCUCAAAACACUUAUUAUUAAAAAUGUCUAUUUUUCUAAAGAUCCCAAGUAUCUUCCAAGCAGUUUGAGAGUAUUGAAAUUGAAUGGAUGUUCUUCAGAGUCUCUAUCAUCUUGUAUUUGCAGCAAGAGGUUUGAGGAUAUGAAAGUCUUGACAUUGGACAAGUGUCAAUAUUUAACCCAUAUACCCAAUGUCUCAGGUCUUCCAAAUUUAGAAAAAUUCUCGUUUCAAUAUUGUGACAAUUUAAUUGCAAUUCACGAUUCGAUUGGGAAGCUAAAUAAACUUGAAAUCUUAAAUGCAUGGGGAUGCAUCAAGCUUGAGAAUUUUCCACCCUUGCGGCUGCCCUCUCUUAAGGAAUUGGACCUCACUUAUUGUAAGAGACUCAAGAGUUUUCCAGAAUUAUUAUGUAAGAUGACAAAUACAAAAGAGAUUGGAAUGUGUAAAACUUCCACAAGAGAAUUGCCAUUUUCAUUUCAAUAUCUCCAGUUAUCAUUAUUGGCAUGUGAAAUGCUCAGGUUCCCAAAACAUAAUGAGAAAAUGUAUUCUAUAAUGUUUUCAAAUGUGGAUGUUCUUGAAUUCAAUCAUUGCAAUCUCCCAUAUGAAUGUCUCCAAAUAGUUCUCAAGUGGUGUAUUAAUGUGAAAUUUCUAGACUUAACCUUUGGUCAGUUCAAAAUUCUUCCUGAGUGCCUUAGUGAAUGUCACCUUAUGAGGACCCUCCUAUUGAAUUCCAACCAGCAUCUUGAGGAAAUUAGAGGGUUUCCACCGAAUCUCAAAUGUCUUGAUGCAUUUGAAUGUAAAUCAUUGAGUUCCUCAACUAGAAGAAUGUUAUUGAGUCAGCAAUUACAUGAGGCUGGGUGCACCACAUUUGUUUUCCCAAACGGAACAGAGGUGAUUAGGAUUCCAGAUUGGUUCGAGCAUCAAAGCAGGGGUCAUUCAAUUUCUUUCUGGUUCUGUAAAAAGAUCCCUUCUAUAACUUUUAUUAUUAUUCUUCCGAAUGUUGAAUAUUAUUUAGGAUUUAAUUUGUUUGUCAAAGGUCAUGAAUGUACAGUUCAAAAAUUCGAAUUUAGACUGCCGUAUUUUUCGGGACAUACAUAUUUGUUUGAUAUGAAUUUGGAAGAAAAUAUUGAACACUAUAAAAUAUUAGACAAAGCACUUUUAAAAAAUGAAUGGAUCUAUGUGGAGUUGAAGCUUCAGUUUAGUUGGAUUCCUGAGAAUAUUAUUAAAAGGUUAAGAAGUACAGAAAUGGGAAUCCACGUGCGCAAGGAGAAAAACAACACGAAUGAGGAUGUGAUAUUCACCAAUCCUUAUAGUAGAUAGAGAAAAUUAGAUGAAUAUCUCAAUGCUUCAUUAUCACAAUUUCAUCCUACGCUGAAAAAGCAUAGAUUUGUGGAAGUGGGAGUUUCAGAGACAGAAAUUUUGCAGCAGCAACAUCUAGCUUUAGUGUCAGGCAUGCGGAACUUGGUGCUUACUGAAACAAAAGAAAAGGAACACCAUGGAUAGAUAUAUUCCUUGGUCCAGGUACAUCAUUAUCAUUAUUAUCUUUAUAAAUCAAUUAAUUGUUUCUACCUGGAAGAGUUUUUCAAAUGACGAGACAUGAUAUAAGAUUCUGUCCAAAAUGCUUUGUAGACACACACUUCUGAUCGAAGGCAUCCAAUACCAACACAGGUGAUUUUCUCAAAUUACUAUUGGUGUUGACAAAUCAAUGUCGAGUUUGGUGUCCGUGUCUGUGUCGGUAUUUCAUAGGAAGGAUGUUUUUUAUCCAGCUUGAUUGAUGGAAAUUUUAGAAAUUAUAAUUGAAAACAUUGUUACACAUAAAUGUUACUAAUGUUAUUUUGAUUUUCUCCUUGCUAAAUGUCGAAAUAAAGGUUCUCAGAGUAUGCAUAAAUGUUACUAAUGUUAUUUUGACCAUCUUAUUGUAAAUUUUAGACAUUUGAUGUUGAAAUUGUAAAGAUUAAGAAAAUCUAGGCUUGUUCUCCCCUUCUAUUUACUUAUUGUGCUGUGUGGACUGAAUGCAUCUUUUGAGUGAAAAAGUUAAUAGCCUAAACACAGUAAAUUUAUUGGUUAAUGAAAAAGUUUUUGAAUAUUAUUGGAUGAAGUUAAGUUUACUAUUAAUCUCAUUAAUUAUGAUUCAGAUUGGAUUUGGAAUAGUUUAAUCACUUUUCACGGGGGUUUCUGCUAGGAAGUGACAUAUAUUAUAUCUUAAUGCACUUAAUCAUGUAUGAUGUAUCUGUCCCAAUGUCAUAUGAUUGGCAUUGAAACAAUACUGAUAAAAAUUUGACUAUUUUAAAUGCAGCAUAAAUGUAUAUUGUGUUAGUUAUCACAUCUGUUAUAACUUGAAUUUUUGUUCAACUAUUUCAUAAGGAUGCUUCAGACACAUCAGAAGAAACCAAGUCUGAAGAAAGUAUGGGAAUCCAUCUCUCAGGGCCUCCAGAUGUAUCCCUUCUGUCCCGAACUUCCAAAAGGUGCAGUGGACGUUUGCCACUUUCACGCAGCGUCUAAUAAAUUAUGGCGGAUCCUAGAUGAAUGUUGUUACAAGUAAGAUCCUUAUACUUUGAAAGCAUAAAUGGUUUUAAUCAUAAUCUCUAUGAAAGAUCUUUUGAAUAAAAAUGUUCGUUGCAAAGAAGGAGUUAGAGGAAUAAAGAACAAGGCGAUCAAACAUGUGAGAAUCAAGAUCAUCCAUUCACCAAGAAUUGCAAAGAGUGUAGUUGCUGUUGCAUAAGCUUGAUUCAAAGAUGAAUCAUCAAGAUCAAUGGUGUAAAGAGAUUGUUCUUUGUUGUUCUUCAUGGUUGAAAGAUUUUUUGUGAGAAUGUGAGAAAGAGAAGAUGUAACAGAAUUGAAAGAAGUUGUUUCAAGAUGAAACAACUGAGUAUAUUGAAGAUAAUGUGAAGUGAAUAAUGCCUUUUAUAAGCAGUAGGUUCCAAAUACUAACAUUUUAAUUUAUGUUUAUAACAGUUACGGGGAUUGUUACAGUUAGUAACCACUUAACUAGUUUUCUGUUAUGAUGUUUCAGAUAUAGUUGAACAGCAUAACAGAAAUUUGUUGGUUAGUUGAGUGGGGGAUAAAAGCAACAAUGAGUAUGGGUCUAGUUCUCACAUGUCAUACAAAAUCUUAUACGAUAUUAAAUAGGUUUGUAUCUCAAUCUCAAAAGUAGUUUAUAAGACGACUGUGUCCAAAUACAUAUGCAUUGCGCGAUGUAAGAAUCUUGACGAUGUGUGAUUCAAAUACAGGCGCGUGGAUAGUUCAUAAAUAUUUUAUUAUCUCAUUAUGAUUAUGCAACAUGUUCUCUACGGAUCCAAUUAUGCAACAAAGUUACAAGCAACAAAAUAUGAGCACAUGCACUACAAGAAACAUUGAAGUUAGCUAGGAAUUAUACCGAGGAAUUAAGUUUCCUAGCUAGCGACAUUGCAUACCGAGGAAAAUUUCCUAGGUAAGCUUCUUUGACCGUUUGACCACUUUAAAGCUGUCAGCAUGUGUGUUAGCGAGGAAAUAGAGGUGUUACCGAGGAAAUAUUUCCUAGGUAAACACAUGGUACAAAAUGCAGCAGCUUUUUACUGUUAAAGGUAACAUGGCAGCUGUAUUUUUAUGUUGGAGAGUGAAAAAGCCUGGCAGAUGCAAUUGAUAUUAGCAGGUGAACGUUGAAAUGCACUGUUGGGUUAUUUAAUUGGCUUCAUGUGAAUACAUAUGUCUUUGAACACUUCUCUAUUACAUUUUCCAUUCCAUAUUUUUGACACUUCUCACUACAAUUUUAUUUUCCAUCUCUACUAUUCAACAAUUGCUCUUGCAUGUGUUUUUUCUUCAUAUAAGGUAACUAUUUUCUUAAUUGAUUUCAACUUUUAUAUUUAUAAAUAAAAUGUUAAUGUAAUAUAUGUUAUAUUAUUUUUUGCAGUUAAUAUUUAAUUUAAUUUCCUAUUACAAGUUGUUGUUGCUGCUGGCUACUACUUUUUCGAUCUGCAUUGUCAUCAAAUUAUAUUAUUUGAGAAGAUGGAUCAGUAUAUUCUUCAUCGAAGUUGGAUGUACGAUAGAAAAAGACCGGGGAAAAGGACACUUAAAGCUCAAUUUAAGGAAGGAAUUCGUGAAUUUGUUGCUUUCACCAUGUCGCAAGAUAUUUUUAGAAGUGAGGGAGGGAUUAGAUGUCCUUGUCUUAAAUGUACGUGUAGGUUGAUUCAGAGCCCAAAAGAUGUCAUAAAACAUUUAGAGGAUGUUGGUUUUAUGGAGGAUUAUUAUGUGUGGAGACAUCAUGGUGAACAAGAGCCGGAUGAGUUUGAUGUUAAUAUGCAGGCUUCAAGUAGUGGAGCGCAUACACAGUGUGAAAACUUUGGCCUCAUGGAAGAUAUGGUUGGUGACGCUCUCGGGGUGAAUUUGUCUUACAAUGAGGGCAUUGAAGAGGAAAUAAUCCCGAAUGAGAAGGCGUUGAAUGUAACGCCUUAGUUAUUUAUUUAAUUAUUUUAUUAUGUGGAGUAUAUAUAUAUAUUAUUAUA